AUGGGCGCAAGUCUUCGUACCGUCGCUUCACAUUUGAGUCUUCUUGGGUUGACUGAACGUUACUCUUAUUCAAAGUUGCCAUCAACUGCAACUGGCUCUUCUUUUUAUUUUCAUUGGCGAUUUUGCUUAAUAUCUGUUAUUAUCACGUCAUCACCACAAAAAAUUCAAAUAACAUCAAUCUCGAUGUUGUUGUCAUCUUUGGUUUUACCACCACCAAAAUUAACUUUGUUAUCAUUACCACUACCAAAAUUAACUUCGUCAUCAUCACCACCACCAACUUCGGUGUCGCCGCGCCAUCGUCACAUAAAAAUUAACUUCAGUAUCGCCGUUAUCGCCAUUACAAAAUACGUAUAG